CAGGUAUUGGUCCAGCUGAAAUCCUCGUCUGUCACGUUCUGACCCAAUUCAUAAUCAUGGUGGGACAAACAGUCCUGGUUCUGAUCGUAAUGUUCGCCAUCUUCCAACUAAAGUGCAUUGGCAAUCUGGCACUCGUCGUGGCCUUGACCUUGCUCCAAGGAUUGUGCGGAAUGAGUUUCGGUUUUCUUAUCUCUGCUGUUUGCACUCAGGAAAGAGACGCUGCUCAGUUGGCGUUGGGUAGUUUCUACCCCACUUUGAUGAUCAGCGGGGUCUUAUGGCCUAUUGAGGCAUUGCCGUGGGGACUAAGAUAUUUUGCUCUACUUAUGCCUCUAACAUUGGCCACAACAGCGAUGAGGUCCAUAAUGCUGCGAGGCUGGGGCUUCGGGUGGUCGGAUGUCUACCUUGGAUUUAUAGCUACAUGCGCAUGGAUCAUGACAUUUCUGAUUAUGACAUUACUGUUUCUUAGACUCAAGAACAAAUGAUUAUUUGAUUUUAAUAAUGACCCCCGGUAAUCAAAAUACGAGCCCAUAAAUUAAAUUAAGAAAUUGUUCAUAAACCACCUGGUUUAGCUACAAACACCUAUUUUUCUCAAUUGACC